GUUCCGUCUGUCAAACGUGUUGCUAGCAUAACGGAAACAGAAGCUCACGUUUCAAUGGUUAUACUUUGAGUCUGGUGUUAACACACAAUUUUUUGCGCUGAAGAUGACACAGUCUAUCGUGGUGCAAGUUGGCCAGUGUGGUAACCAGGUUGGAUGUAGAUUUUGGGACCUUGCCUUAAGGGAGCAUUCAAGUAUUAAUAAAAAAGGAAUCUAUGAUGAUGCUUUAAGCAGUUUUUUCAGGAAUGUUGAUACAAGGGCUGGUGAUGAAGACUGCAGUGGUUUGUCUGGAAAGAAAAUUCAAUCUCUCAAAGCUAGAGCAGUUCUCAUUGACAUGGAAGAAGGUGUGGUGAAUGAAAUGCUUAAAGGACCGCUAGGUGAAUUAUUUGAUAGUAAGCAGUUCAUUACAGAUGUAUCUGGUUCAGGAAACAACUGGGCUGUUGGGCAUAAAGUAUAUGGGUCUACAUAUAAAGAUCAGAUUGUUGAGUGCUUAAGAAAAGCUGCAGAACAAUGUGACUGCUUGCAAUGUUUCUUUCUCAUACAUUCAAUGGGAGGAGGUACAGGUUCUGGUUUGGGCACUUUGGUGUUAAACAUUCUGAAAGAUGAAUUUCCUGAAGUAUAUAGGAUUGUUACUUCAGUUUAUCCAUCAGCAGAAGAUGAUGUUAUUACAUCACCCUAUAAUAGUGUUCUUGCUAUGAGAGAGUUGACAGAACAUGCAGAUUGUGUCCUACCAAUUGAAAAUCAAGCAUUAGUUGAUAUUGCCAACAAAAUAAAGCUCAUGUCCCAUUCUGGAAAGGUUGGAGCAAUAAAACAAGAGACAGCAAUAAUUUCUGGACAGGGUGGUGUUAGUGUGCAGGAGAAACCCUUUGAUGCAAUGAAUAACAUAGUGGCUAAUUUACUUCUCAGUUUAACAAGUUCUGCCAGAUUUGAAGGUUCAUUAAAUAUGGAUCUUAAUGAAAUUACUAUGAAUCUUGUCCCAUUUCCAAGGCUUCACUAUCUAGUAUCCAGUUUAACUCCCUUGUACACACUGGCUGAUGUUAAUAUUCCCUCUAGGAGGCUGGAUCAAAUGUUUUCUGAUGCCUUUAGCAAAGAUCACCAGCUAAUUCAUGCUAACCCAAAGCAUGGCUUGUAUUUGGCCUGUGCACUUAUGGUACGAGGAAAUGUUCAGGUCUCAGAUCUCAGAAGGAAUAUUGAAAGACUCAAGCCUUCUCUGUCAUUUGUUUCAUGGAAUCAAGAAGGAUGGAAAACUGGACUGUGUUCCAUUCCACCUGUUGGACAUUCACAUUCUUUGCUUGCCUUAGCAAACAAUACAUGUGUCAAGCCCACCUUCAUGGAACUGAAAGAGAGAUUCAUGAAAUUGUACAAGAAAAGGGCACACCUACACCAUUACUUGGAUGUGGAUGGAAUGGAGCAAGAGUGUUUCACUGAAGCUGUCUCAUCACUAUCGUCCCUUAUACAGGAAUAUGAUCAAUUAGAUGCAACAAAGGGGUUAAUAAUGAAAGAUGCACCUAGACUUAAUAUAGCUGUAUAAGGUACAGUAGUGAAUUAUGAUUAUUUGCAAACCCAGUAGUUCUUUAACACAUAACGUUUGGACAAAACAUACAGUAUGUAAAUUCUUUGUAAUGUUCUCUUUGGAGAAAUGUAUGGGCAAUUGAUGAAGCAAAGCAAACAUUUGAUGUAAAUUCUUUUAAGGCAUUGGACCAUCACAAACCACCAGUUUGAAAAGGAGUGAAAAGGAAGAAGUGGUAAUUUAAUCCAUAGUUGUAUUUUCCUAAUGACUUUUAUGCCAAAAGUACCUUAACAAAUGGUUUGACUGAAGAUUAAGCAUUUUUGUCAUAAAAGCCUCUGCUGAAUAUGUAUCAAUAACCAUCCCUCUUACAGAGUUAUUGUAUCUGCCCAUCAUUUUUAUACAUGGCCAUAAAGUUGGAAAGUUAAUUGGUUAAUUAAAUCAAUAACCACACCUGAUUUUAAAAGAUUUUCUAUUUUUCAUUUACCAAGUAUUAAAAGCGGUUUUGUAAACAUAAAUCAAAUCACUAAAACAUACAUCACUAAAGUAUAAAGUUUGCAUGUUUCAUUAUUUCAGAUUUGAAUUUCAAACGUUUACUUUCCAACAACACUGAUCUCACUGUUAUUAUCUGUGACUGAAUUGAUUAGGAUGUCAUUUAACAUCCUUCCAUUUUCUAAAAAUUGUUUUUAAUCAAGUUAACGAUAACAGAGAGGUGGAGUUUGUCCUCACAACUUCAGAUUGAACUUGAAAACUGAAUAAGUCUACGUUCCAAAAAAACGUUGCCUACCAGUGGUCAAAUGAUUAACUGAUGUUGAACAUUUUAAAGCAUGUUAAAUGGCAUUUGCAAGGUCUGUAAGCACCUGUAAUUUGCUGUGAAUUUCCUUUUAAAUGGAAAAGAAAUAGCAUUUAAAUACAUCUUACUUGGGAUUAAGAAUUAUAAACCAGACAGUUUUUUAGUGUUACAGAUUUAUAGCUUAUGAUAAACCCUAUGAAUCUGUCAGACAUAUCUAGGCCUUAUUCAAAAUUUGCUUAUGCAAGAUGUGCUUUGUUGUUUGUUAGUCCUAUUUUCUUAAUUUUGUUAAGUUUCUACAAUUAUUGUAUUAAGUGCAAAAUUUAGCAAAUAAUCAUUUGCAGUUGGAGCUGUUGAUGCAAAUGAUUGUCAGUUAGUUAGUCUUUAUUUCUUGUAGUACCUUUCACAGAGAUCUUCAUUAUAAAAGCACUUUGAAAAGCAUAUAUGAAUACAAUGUAACACAUAACAAAUAAUGAUUAAAUGAUAGAACUAAUCACCGACUUGUAUUCUGGUAUGAAAUCAUAUAGAGAAAAAUGAAUUGAGGGUAUUUUCUGGGGUAUAUACAGAAAAAACAAUUUUAAAAUAAUUACAUAAAAGGAUAACAGUUUCAAGAUAAAAUUUCAACAUUUUAAGUGAAAAAAGUUUCAAAGGUCAGGUGCAACUUAUGGAAAUUUCCAUUUUUCAAUAAUUUACAGUGGUACGAAAAGAUCAUCAAGAGAUCUUGCCUGGCCUGUUUGUGUGUAUGUUGUAUUCUGCAGUGUGAGAAUUUUACAUGUUAGUAUUUGAAUGUGAUUUUAUAUUAAAAAGGAAGCUAAUGUAAUUUCCUGAUUGAAGGGUAAUGAGAUUAAGUUUUCCUCAAGACAUUGUCAUCAAUUAUUUGUACCUGAUGCAAUUCUAAAAAUCUGACUAAAGUAUUUUCAUAAAGAUGUUAUCUUUUUAGCUGCUGAAAAAUGUUGAAUGUAUUUAUUAUUUUGGCACUCUGUUUAUUGAUAUUUAAAAUGCAAACAGGUAACCAGGAAAAUUAUAUUUUUAUAGUACGUGUUUUUUCAUUACUGCAGUAUAUUUGCUGUGAUACACCAAAACUUUUGUAAUGUUACAUGACCAAUCAACCAAAAUUUGAGCCGAGAUUUUUUAAAUUUUUUUUGGAGUGUGGCCAUUUUUAUGUUGUUUGUUUAGAAGAGUGUGUGUAUUCUUGCUGUUAAAAGUGAUUAUCUUAACAAUAUUGUUUGCUUAUUUUGCUUUGAUGUGUAUGCUUACAUUUUUGUAUAAAAUAAAUUAUUUUUAUGCUAAAAUACUUUUA